AUGUUGGUGGAAGCUAUCCCUCCUAAUCAACCCGCUAUAAAAGCUAUUCCUCCUCCCUGCCGAGACGCUCUAGAAGCUAUUCCUCCUGCUAGACAAGACGCUCUAGAAGCUAUUCCUCCUCCUAGACAAGACGCUUUAGAAGCUAUUCCUCCUCCCUGCCAAGACGCUCUAGAAGCUAUUCAUCCCCCUAGCCAAGACGCUUUAGAAGCUAUUCCUCCUCUUAAAGCUAUUCCUCCUCCCUGCCAAGACGCUCUAGAAGCUUUUCCUCCUCUUAGCCAAGACGCUCUAGAAGCUAUUCCUCCUCCUAGCCAAGACGCUCUAGAAGCUAUUCCUCCUCCUAGCCAAGACGCUCUAGAAGCUUUUCCUCCUCCUAGCCAAGACGCUCUAGAAGCUAUUCCUCCUCCCUGCCAAGACGCUCUAGAAGCUAUUCCUCCUCUUAGCCAAGACGCUCUAGAAGCUAUUCCUCCUCCCUGCCAAGACGCUCUAGAAGCUAUUCCUCCUCUUAAAGCUACUCCCCCUCCCUGCCAAGACGCUCUAGAAGCUAUUCCUCAUCCCUGUCAAGACACUCUAGAAGCAAUUCCGCAUCCCUGCCAAGACGCUUUAGAAGCUAUUCCUCCUCCCUGCCAAGACACUCUAGAAGCUAUUCCUCCUCCCUGCCAAGACGCUCUAGAAGCUAUUCCUCAUCCCUGCCAAGACGCUCUAGAAGCAAUUCCGCAUCCCUGCCAAGACGCUUUAGAAGCUAUUCCUCCUCCACGACAAGACGCUCUAGAAGCUAUUCCUCCCAGUCAAGAUGCUCUAGAAAAAUCUCUUACAGUCCAGACACUGUACAAUUGA